AUGGCCGAGCGCUGGCUCCUGCCCCUCGCCUGCCUCGCCGCGUCCCUCCUGCCCGCAGCCCGGAGCACACGCAGCGGAGAAGUCUGUGACUGCAACGGGAUGUCCAGGCAGUGCGUCUUCGACUGGCAGCUCCUGAGGGAGACGGGAAACGGGUACCGCUGCCUCGGCUGCCUGGGCAACACGGAGGGCACCCACUGCGAGCGCUGCAAGGAGGGCUUCUUCCGCCGGCGCGGGGAGCAGUGCUGCCUGCCCUGCCUCUGCCACCCCUGGGGUUCCCUCGGCCCACAGUGUGACAGCGAUGGCCGGUGCAGCUGCAAACCAGGAGUGAUGGGGGACAAGUGUGACCAGUGCCAGCUGGGCUUCGAGUCCUUGUCCGAGGCAGGCUGCAGGAGGAGCGGGCAGAGCGUGCAGUGUGAGUGUGACCCAGCGGGCAGCACGGGAGACUGUCACUCUGGCCGCUGCGUCUGCAAGGAGAGCGUCACUGGAGAGCAGUGCCAGAGGUGCAAGCGACACUUCUAUAACCUGGAUGCCAGAAACCCUACAGGAUGCUCCCCCUGCUUCUGCUACGGGCACUCGGUCACGUGUAUCAGUGCAGACAACUACAGUGUCCACAACAUCACCUCUACCUUCCAGCAAGGUUCUGAGGGCUGGCAAGGUGUCCAUGAAAACGGCUCCCCAGCCCAGCUCCAGUGGUCCCCACGCCACCAGGAUGCCUUCAUAGCAGCAAGGACCUCAGAGCCAAUAUACUUCGUGGCACCUGCAAAAUUCCUUGGGAACCAGGAGCUGAGCUACGGUCAGACACUCUCCUUUGAUUACCGCCUGGACCGAGGGGGACGCCAGCCAUCUCCACAUGAUGUGGUCCUGGAAGGGCAUGGCCUGAGAGUCACUGCCCCCUUCUUGCCCCAGGGAGAGGUCCUGCCCUGCGGCAUCAGCCAGAUGUACACGUUCAGGCUGGAUGAGCACCCAAGCAGCAAGUGGAGCCCAAGGCUGAAUCACUUUGAAUUUCGCAGGCUGCUGGGAAACCUGACAGCCCUCUGGAUCCGAGCCACCUUUGGGGAGUACAGCACCGGCUACCUCGACAACGUCACCCUGGUGUCAGCACAGCCCGUCCCCGGCGUCCCCGCGCCGUGGGUGGAGCGCUGCCAGUGCCCGGCGGAGUACCGGGGGCAGUUCUGCGAGAGCUGUGCCCCUGGCUACCGCAGAGACGCCCCCGGCCAGGGGCCCUUCAGCACCUGCGUGCCCUGCAAUUGCCAGGGGGGAGGAAUUUGUGAUCCGGACACCGGUGAAUGUUACUCAGGAGAUGAAAACGUGGGCAAUGCUGCCAGCUGCCCCUUCGGCUCCUACCGAGACCCCCGGCAGCCACACAGCUGCAGGACCUGCCCCUGCGGGCCCGGCCAGGGCUGCUCCGUGGGGCCGGGUGGUGAGGAGGUCAUCUGUGACCACUGCCCUCCUGGAGCUGCUGGUGCCAGUUGUGAGUACUGUGCCGAUGGCUAUUUUGGAGAUCCAGCAGCUUCCCAGCCCUGCCAGCUGUGCCGGUGCAAUGGCAACGUGGAGCCCAAUGCCGUGGGCAACUGCGACCGCCGGACCGGCGAGUGCCUCAAGUGCAUCUACAACACCGCCGGCUUCUACUGUGACCGCUGCAAGGAUGGCUUCUUCGGGAACCCCCUGGCCCCUGACCCCGCUGACAAGUGCAGAGCCUGUAACUGCGACUCAGUCGGUGCCGAGCCCCUGAAGUGCAGGAGUGACGGGAGCUGCAUCUGCAAACCUGGCUUUGAGGGUCCCCGCUGUGAAGAGAGUGAGUGCCCAGCUUGCUAUGGCCAGGUGAAAGUGCAGGUGGAGCUGUACCUGCAGCAGCUGGCAGAGCUGGAGCUGCUCUUGUCAGAGGUGCGAGCUGGCGGUGGGACCGAGAGCCAGGAGCUGGAGGGGAGGAUGCUGGUGGCUGAGGAGAUGCUGCGGACCAUCCUCAGGGAAGCCCUGAGCCUUCAAGCCUCCGACAGGUCUCUGGAAGGCCAUGUGGCCAGGAUGAAGGGGCAAGGGUCCAGCUCCCAGAGUCGCUUGGAUGAGAUCAAGGCAACAGUGGAGAGACUGAGGUCUCUGGGGAGCCAGUAUGAGAGGCAGGUGCAGGAGACCCGUCAGCUGCUGCAGAGAGCCAGGCUGGACCUGGAUCGCAGCGGCGCCGCUCUCCUUCGGGUGACCAUUCCUGUUUCAAGCUUUCCUGGGGGUUCAAAUCAGUUCUUGCUGCUGGCCCAGGAGGCUCUGAGACUGGCCAACAGGCACACACAGGCAGCCAAUGCCAUUGACCAAGCGGCGCAGGCGGCGCGGGAGGACGCGCGGCAGGCGCUGGAGCUGCUGCGCGCGGCCGCUGGCGGAGAGGCCGCCGUGGGCUCCCUGCCAGGGCUGCCCGGGAGGUACGAGGAGCUCAAGUCACUGGUUGGAGGCCUGAAGGCUGAUGCUGAUGGAAUGGCCUCCAGGGCAGACAUGGCUUAUCAAGGCAGCCUGGUGCUCCUCAGCUCCCUGUCCCGCCUGACAGAGAUGGACAUCAGCUCCUUUCAGGAGGAAGCCUCGAGGCUGAAGCAGGACUCAAGUGCCCUGCUGGGCCUGGUGGACACCUCCCUGGCCCAGUACCGGGGCCUGCGGAGCCGCGUGGGGCAGUGGGAGGAGGAAGCCAAGCAGCUGCUACAAGGGCAAGAGGGCGAGAGAGCGAAGCUGACUCAGCUGCUGUCCCGAGCCACCCUUGCCAGGAGCACAGCCCUGCAAGCCGUGAGCGCUGGCAAUGCCACCUUCUACGAGGUGGAACAGAUCCUCAAGAGCCUCAAGGAGUUCAACCUGCAAGCGGAUGACAAGAGGAGGGAAGCCAAAGAUGCCAUGAGGAGGCUGCCCAUUAUCAGCAGCAUGGUCACCACUGCCAGGGAGAAGACAGACCGAGCCAAAGGGAUCGUGGGCAGCGCCGCUUCUGAGUCAAAGGCAGGCAGCAGCAUGGCAGAGGAGGUGAAGGAAAUCACCACAGGGAUCCAAGAGGAGAUUGCCCGGCUGAAGGAGGAAGCCAACAAGACGGCUGACGGCGUCCUCGCCCUGGAGAAGGCAGUGGCCACCCUGCGGCAUGAGGCCAAGGAUGUGGAUGAUGCAUUUGAGAGGAAACUCUCGGAGGUUGAGGCGGAUGCUGCUGUGAUAGAGAAGACAGCUCAGGAAGCUCAGAGGGUCCACGACAAGGCUGGCCAGGCAGGGGCAGCUGUGCAGCAGAUGCUGAGUGCCCUGGAAGAGCUGCUGCGUCUCAUGAACCAGCCUGGCGCUGUGGAUGAGGAUGGCCUGAGGCAGCUUGAGGCGAACUUCAGCAAAGCCAAAAGCAGAAGCAAGCAGCUGAAGGCGGAGAUGUCGGAGCUGGAGCAGACGGCUGCGCUGCAGAAGGCCCGGGUGCGCGUGCUGGAGAGCAGCAUCGAUGACAUCCUGGCUGAUAUUAAGAACCUGGAGGACAUCCAGAAGAGUCUUCCUCCAGGCUGCUACAACACAAAAGCCAUUGAAUUGCCAUAAGCCAGCUCUGGAAAGGCUGCAGCACCUGCCAGGCUGAAGGCAGGAGGGCCUCCCCAAAUCUGGCAGAACUGGCUGUGUUUGGUUGUGUUAAACUGAUCCUUACCCUCAAGAUCAGUGUGGCAGAAGAAGUUCACAAUGUUCCACUGGCCCUGGAAAGUCCCUAAUUUUUCAAAGUGCUCCGUCCCUUGCUCGUGGGAGGAAGGAGACUCUUGGUUUGUGAAGGUGCUACUGUCUGAAGAACAGCCCAUUCCUACAAUAUAUCUCUGAAGUGCAGGGUUAGGUGUCAGCCUUGUGAGUUUGCACAGUUUGGACCCUGAAGCUCAUAAACCGACAGGUUCCCAUCACCUGUGGAUACCCUGUCCUGGUCUGGCACACACAGAAGGACUAGGGCCUCUGUCCAUACUUUUGACACUGCCACCACCAGCUUCCCCUCCUGUUCUCCAUGGGGUUUUCCUCACCUUCAGCAGCAACAGGGAGCAAGCAGCAUGAGAGGCUGCUGGGGGAGAUGAGUUCUGAGUUGAGGCACUGGUGAUGCUUCAUGUGAUGUCUCCUCCCAGGCUGGCAUCCUCCCCUUGCUGGGAGUGGUGCUGUGGCUCUUGUACCUGAGAACCCCGUCCCAUUCUGCUGCAGUGCCUGUAAGCUGAUUUCAUUAGUUUAAAAAUAUUGAAGAUGUCUUGAAUGUGUCUCCACCUCUGGUUUGGUGCUGCCUGUCCUCCCUCCCUCCCUCGUGGUGCUGUAUGUUUCUCAGAGGCCACCAUCACCACUAAGGUAGCUCUCCACAGGGGUUUCCCACUGUUCAUGUUAACAGAGCUUGGAUGAGCUAAAGACCACAGUGCUCCCUUCACCCUUCACUGCAGCUCUCAUGUGGGUCCAGCUGCAUUCCGGGACACUGCACACUGCUCCCACCUUCCUUCAGAUGCCAUGCAGAGGGAAAAAAGUUUCAGGGGAAAGAAGUGCCACCAGAUGCUGGAAGCUGAAGCUCUGCUGAAGCCCCUGCCCUGCGUGGUGGUAAAAGAGGAGGUCCUAGAUGGAGAAGGACACUGGGGACUCACUCACCCCUCCUUGUCUCUUGAGUCUCUGAUAAAGCAGCAUCUGUGCUUUUGCUUCAUGAUAUACCAAGUAUUAUGUCUCCUUUACACUUUUAUUUAAGUGAGAUGUAUUUUAGCUCCUGGCAUGUGUCCCUUCUCCUGUUGUACAAAGUAGGGACAGCUAUGAGGGAACCUGUUUUUCCAUGAGUUGGCUUUUUUGAAAGGUAGGUGUAGGCACAGAGUUUGUGGUAAUUGGGAGUGGGGCUGCAGCCCAGCCUCACCCCUAAUGAGCUACAGCUGUGAGAAGCAGGUGAGCAGCACUGACAGCAAUGAGCCAUGGAGUGCCCAGGGGCACUGAGCAAUCCCAAAGGGAACAGAGGGCACACAGGUGCAAUGUGGGAACAUGGGGGUAUAAAAGGUUGGGCUAAAGAACAGGAAGGGCAGAUGAUUGCAGCCUUCUAAGUGGUGUGGAGUUACUGUGUAUGGGUUGAAGCUUUUUGAAAUUGUAUAGUGAUGCUCUGUGUGGUGUGGCUGUUUCAGCUGUGACAGAUAAGAGGUCGAUGAAUGAUGAAUACUCUUGGCUAGAUCUUGCCUAUCACUUUAUUUUUUCAGGCUUCCUCAACUGAGGGAAUUUGGCCAUGGGUUAUCUCAGCAGUGCAGGCAUUUGCUCUCCUGUUCUGACUCAGUCUUGGGGCUGUUUUAAAAUCACACUAGUAACAUCUCUGUUUUGUUUUGUUUAUUACAUAAUUUAAACAUUUUGCUGAUAAAGUCUUUUUUGUCAAUGA